CAGGAAGAGACACAGACUGACUAGCGACCGAAGCUCUGAGCACCUGGCCAGGAAUAAGUGGGACAGGGCAUGGCAUCUACCAUCUCUACCAUCAGCCUCGUCUCCGAGAGGCACUUCCUGUGCCCGCUGUGUAAGGACAUCUUCAGCAGUCCCGUGACUACUCCGUGUGGCCACAGUUUCUGUCAGGCCUGCCUGUGUGGGUACUGGACCCGGCACCGUUCAGACUACUGUCCCCUCUGCAAGAGGUUGUUCCAUUCCAGGCCAGACCUUAGUGUCAACCGCAUCCUGGCUGACGUCUGUGACAACUACAGGAAGACACGGACUGAGAGCCCUGAGGAGAGCCACGACACGCCGCAGGUUGUAGACAUUGACCAGAUGAUCCAGGAGCGACUGAAGAAAGUUGACAGACUCAGACACUCCCUGCAGCUCCUCAAAAACUCGUGUGUGAGGGAAGUGCGUGAGAGCCAGAAGGUGUUCUCUGCCCUUGUCAGUUCCAUGGAGAAGAGCCACAAGGCCGUGGUGGCAGCCAUUGAGGAGAGACAGGGGGAGGAGGAGAGGAUUGUUGAGAAGCUGGUGAAGGAGCUGGAACAGGAGAUUCUACAGCUGAGGAAUGGAGACACUGACCUGGGGCCUUGUCAUUCUCAGCAGAGCCAUGAUGAGCUCUGUGGUGGUGGUGGUGGUCAGAAGAGUGUUGCAGUGAGCACCACUUCCACCACGGGCUACUUUGAGAGGAGGGACUGGUCCAAGGUUUCCAUGGAGACAGACCCCUGUAUGGGCGUGACCAGGAGAGCAGUGUCAGACCUGAUGGACAUGGUUAAAGGAGAGCUCUGUAGACUCUCUAAAGCUGAGCUGAAGAAAAUACAGAAAUACACAGUAGACAUCUCCCUGAGUCCCAAGACGGCCCACGCCUUCCUCUCGGUCUCAGACGACCGGAAACAGGUGCGACACACAGACAAACACCAGGAGGUCCCAGACAACCCCAAGAGGUUUGACCGCGUGGCCAACGUCCUGGGAAGAGAGUCCUUCAGCAGCGGCAGGUACUACUGGGAGGUGGAGGUGGGAGAGAAGAUAGAGUGGAACCUGGGCGUGGCCAGACAGUCCAUCAACAGGAAAGGGAAGUUUACAGUCAGCCCAGCCAAUGGCUUCUGGACACUGAGCCUAAAGAGCGGGGGUCAAUACGUAGCUAACACCUCCCCCACUGUCACCCCCGUGGGCCUGGAGCAGAAGCCCAGGAAGGUGGGGGUGUUUCUGGACUACGUGGAGGGCCGAGUGUCCUUCUACUGCGCGGAGACCGGGGUUCACAUCCACACGUUUACAGAUGUCUUCACUGAUAGACUACACCCACUCUUUAGUCCUGGGAGGCAACACGGGGGCAGGAAUAUCGCUCCUCUGACUAUUAGUACUAGCUUCUGUAGCAUCUGAGCCCCCUGACUUAACCCCCACGCCUGGAAUAGUCAUUUAAUCAUGUCAUUAUGUAGCCUAAUGUAGAGGAAGGCUCACUCGGUCCUCUCUCACGUUUGUAUUUUCAGUUGGAAAACCGUCUACUUUCCUAAUAUUGAGUUAAUGCAGUGUUUGUGUUGUCAGGCAAUGAGCUGGGUAAUCAAUAGUAAUGCUAUAAUUUAUUUUAAUUGUAAUUUAUGCAGUAUAUAUGAACCCUCAAAUGUAUAUUUUUUUUACAAAGUGUUGACUUUUUUUUAUUCUGUGCAUCAUUAAAACAUCUGUAAAUUAUUCAGAUACAUUCUAGUUCUAGAAUGACUGAGUCAUUUCAUAAACCGUGCCGCAGGCCCUAACUGUU